AUGUCACCAAAAACUGACCGGCCAACCAGUGGAACGGACGAUGAACGAAUGAUUGGAAAGGCGGUCAUUGACGCUUCGACCAAAGCUCCCAGUAUAGCAGUGGAAAGUGUCAAUCAGCAGGCCAAACAAGUAUCUCGCUCAAAGUUCUGGGGUGAAGCUCGGACGGUCGUUCUAGAACGAGAGCCGAACAAGUCGUUUGGUAUAUCAAUAGUAGGCGGGCGAGUUGAAGUCUCCCAAAAGGGUGGAUUGCCUGGAACGGGUAGCACAGUAUCAGGAAUUUUCAUCAAGAGCGUGCUACCAAACAGUCCUGCCGGCCGAUCGGGUAUGAUGAACAUGGGCGAUCGAGUAAUCUCUGUAAACGAUAUUGACCUACGAGAAGCGACUCAUGAACAGGCGGUGAAUGCCAUCAAGAACGCCACGAAUCCAGUUCGCUUUGUACUUCAGUCGCUUCACAGCUUUACCCCACAA